AUGGCUAAAAGAAUAGGAGAAGGAUCUGCAAUAGGGAUUGAUUUAGGGACGACAUAUUCAUGCGUUGCAGUAUGGCAACAUGAUCAUGUUGAGAUUAUUACUAAUGAUCAGGGGAAUCGUACUACUCCAUCUUAUGUUGCCUUUACUGAUACAGAACGUAUGAUCGGUGAUGCUGCUAAGAAUCAAGUCGCUAUCAAUCCUAUCAACACCGUUUUCGAUGCAAAACGUUUGAUUGGAAGGAAAAUCAGCGAUAGCUUUGUUCAGAAUGAUAUCAAAUUAUGGCCCUUCAAAGUCAUUGCUGGCGUAAAUGACAAACCCAUGAUCCAAGUCAAGUACAAGGGAAAGGAUAUACAGUUUUCAGCUGAGGAGAUCUCAUCAAUGGUUCUUAUUAAGAUGAGAGAAACUGCUGAAGCUUAUCUUGGAUCAACUGUUAAGAAUGCGGUUAUUACUGUCCCUGCAUACUUCAAUGAUUCACAGCGUCAUGCUACUAGGGAUGCUGGCACAGUUGCUGGGCUAAAAGUAAUGCGUAUCAUUAGUGAGCCAACCGCAGCUGCUAUUGCGUAUGGCCUUGAUAAGAAGGAAACAAUUGAUGGCGCAGAGAAUGUUCUUAUCUUUGAUCUUGGUGGUGGCACUUUUGAUGUUUCACCACUCACCAUUAGCAAGGGUAAGUUUGAAGUCCUGGCUACAGCUGGAGAUACUCAUCUUGGAGGGGAGGAUAUUGAUAACAGGAUGCUUAAUCACUUUGUGCAAGAGUUCAAGCAGAAGCACAACAAGGACAUAAGUGGAAACCCAAGGGCUCUUAGAAGGCUGAGAACGGUAUGUGAGAGGGCAAAGAGGACCUUGUCAUCUACUACUCGGACGACCAUUGCGCUAGAUUCUUUGUGCGAAGGAGUUGAUUUUGAUAUGUCUAUUACUCGUGCCAAAUUCGAAGAUUUGAACUUGGAUUUGUUCGUCAAAUGCAUGGAACCUAUUGAGAAGUGUUUGACAGAUGCUAAAAUGAACAAGAGCGAUGUUAAUGAAGUUGUCCUUGUUGGCGGGUCCACCAGGAUUCCUAAGGUUCAGUCUCUAGUGCAGGAUUUCUUUGAUGGGAAGGAACUCUGCAAGAGCAUCAACCCUGAUGAGGCUGUUGCAUAUGGUGCUGCAGUGCAAGCUGCUAUGUUGAAUGGUGAGGGUAAUGAGAAGGUGCAUGAUUUAGUGUUAAUAGGAGAAGGAUCUGCAAUAGGGAUUGAUUUAGGGACGACAUAUUCAUGCGUUGCAGUAUGGCAACAUGAUCAUGUUGAGAUUAUUACUAAUGAUCAGGGGAAUCGUACUACUCCAUCUUAUGUUGCCUUUACUGAUACAGAACGUAUGAUCGGUGAUGCUGCUAAGAAUCAAGUCGCUAUCAAUCCUAUCAACACCGUUUUCGAUGCAAAACGUUUGAUUGGAAGGAAAAUCAGCGAUAGCUUUGUUCAGAAUGAUAUCAAAUUAUGGCCCUUCAAAGUCAUUGCUGGCGUAAAUGACAAACCCAUGAUCCAAGUCAAGUACAAGGGAAAGGAUAUACAGUUUUCAGCUGAGGAGAUCUCAUCAAUGGUUCUUAUUAAGAUGAGAGAAACUGCUGAAGCUUAUCUUGGAUCAACUGUUAAGAAUGCGGUUAUUACUGUCCCUGCUUACUUCAAUGAUUCACAGCGUCAUGCUACUAGGGAUGCUGGCACAGUUGCUGGGCUAAAAGUAAUGCGUAUCAUUAGUGAGCCAACCGCAGCUGCUAUUGCGUAUGGCCUUGAUAAGAAGGAAACAAUUGAUGGCGCAGAGAAUGUUCUUAUCUUUGAUCUUGGUGGUGGCACUUUUGAUGUUUCACUACUCACCAUUAGCAAGGGUAAGUUUGAAGUCCUGGCUACAGCUGGAGAUACUCAUCUUGGAGGGGAGGAUAUUGAUAACAGGAUGCUUAAUCACUUUGUGCAAGAGUUCAAGCAGAAGCACAACAAGGACAUAAGUGGAAACCCAAGGGCUCUUAGAAGGCUGAGAACGGUAUGUGAGAGGGCAAAGAGGACCUUGUCAUCUACUACUCGGACGACCAUUGCGCUAGAUUCUUUGUGCGAAGGAGUUGAUUUUGAUAUGUCUAUUACUCGUGCCAAAUUCGAAGAUUUGAACUUGGAUUUGUUCGUCAAAUGCAUGGAACCUAUUGAGAAGUGUUUGACAGAUGCUAAAAUGAACAAGAGCGAUGUUAAUGAAGUUGUCCUUGUUGGCGGGUCCACCAGGAUUCCUAAGGUUCAGUCUCUAUUGCAGGAUUUCUUUGAUGGGAAGGAACUCUGCAAGAGCAUCAACCCUGAUGAGGCUGUUGCAUAUGGUGCUGCAGUGCAAGCUGCUAUGUUGAAUGGUGAGGGUAAUGAGAAGGUGCAUGAUUUAGUGUUGUUGGAUGUCACUCCACUUUCUCUUGGUAUUGGGUGUUAUGGAGAUGUUAUGCAAGUAUUGAUCCCAAGGAACAGCAGCAUCCCAAACAAGAUGCGAAAGGGAUUCACUACCAUCUAUGACGACCAAACUGAUGUGUCGAUUGUGGUGUUCGAGGGUGAGAGAACCAGAAGCUACGAAAAUAAUCGUUUAGGUGAAUUCAUGUUGUCGGGGAUUACUCCAGCACCUCGUGGUGUUACCAAGAUAACAGUAUGCUUUGAGAUUGAUGCAUGA